AAACUGUGGCCCAAUUCUGUCUCUCGAACAAUGGAUCCUUUACAAUACGACGUCGGCUGGAUAGCGCCACUUCCACUAGAGCUUACGGCAGCCAGGCACAUGCUCGAUGUCGAGCACAAAGAAGUGACUGACAACGAGUAUCGAUAUAUCGCAGGCGAGAUCGGAAACCGCAACGUCGUCAUCGGGCUCCAGUCCAAGAUGGGCACUAGCGCUGCAGCGGAUCUGGCUGCCCGAAUGCGUCGCGCCUGUCCAAACAUCAAGUUCUUUCUUGUGGUUGGGAUUGGUGGCGGAGUACCGAGCUACGGUCCAGCAGGCGACGUGAACAUAAUGGUUCUUGGGGAUGUGGUAGUCUCCUCCCCUAGAGGCAACCACGGCGGUGUGUUCACGUACGACACCGGCGCAUGGGUCGAAGAUGGCCAGCUGAGCAACACGGGACAUCUCAACGGCCCGCCGCCAGAGCUCAGCACAGCUGUCGGCAGCUUGCGGUCACGAUACGAUGGAGGUCAGAAAACAAAGAUCCCGCAGUAUCUCGCUCAGAUGCGAAGCAAGCUAAGUCAAGGAGUCCGUGCCAAGUUUGAAGACCAAGGCGCCGACAGCGAUCGACUAUAUGAGAGCUACUUUCCUCAUCCUCAAGAUGAGCUGAAUGAGCUUUGCGCUACAUGCUGCGAUAGCAGCUUCAGCAAGCAGCGAACAAAGCGCGGCGAGGGUGCAGUCAGAGCUGUCGACACCCCCAAAGUUCACUAUGGCAAUAUCGCCUCGAGCAACCAACUUCAACUAUCUGCCACCAUGCGGGAUAAAACUGCAGAAGAACACCAGGCGAUCUGCUUCGAGAUGGAGGGGGCCGGCGUUAUACAAAACCAUCCCUGUCUAGUGAUCCGAGGCAUUUGUGACUACUCCGACUCACACAAGAACAAGAAUUGGCAGUCCUUUGCAGCGGCUACCGCAGCCGCAUACGCAAAGGAGCUACUGGUUUCAAUGGCGCCAGCCGCUGUAUCAGGGAAAACAGAGCCUUCCAGACCCCUCUCGGCACAGAACGAUGAAAAGGUGCAAAGUAUUACCUUUGGGGCCAACAAUAAGGGUUUUCAGAGCGGCAAUGUCUACGGAGGUGUUAGCGGUCUUCGUUUUGGAGGGUGAUGACGGAAGUCGUCUGUGUGAUCUGCUAGUAAUGAAUCCAUUCCAGUGUACAUACAAGCUGCGCUUAAGGAAGUUAAUAAAGUUACAGUGGCUUGUUCUAUUGUAGUGUAGCCUUUCUUCUAAUUUCAUAUUAUUCUUCCCUCGAGUACGGCUCAAGCUUGAUAAGCAGCGCUGGAGCCGACCAUCCAUCCACGCUGACCAGCAUGCAUAACCUUGCAUUUACUUUGAAGAACAGAGGCGAAGUGGAAAAGGCUACGAGGCUGAUACAGGAAUGCGUGGAGAAACGAAAACAAGUCCUAGGUCCUAAUGACCCUUACACGAGGGACUCGGAGGAUGCCCUCAGUAGCUGGCGUAUCGAGGCUUUGGACCUAGGCUCUGACAAUGAGUCCUCCCUAGCUUC